ACAGUGAAAGAGCCUGUCCGCCCAUCCUUCAUUCCCAUCAUGGUCGUCACCUUUGUCCUUUUGUCUUUCUUGGGUCGAUCUUGAUAUCAUAGUUUCCAUCGGGUGCGUGUCGCAGCUCCACUCCGUUCUUUCUUUUCUUGACUCCCCUCCUCUCUCGUGUUCAUGGCUGUUUCGGCCUUCAAAUCCGCUUCAAGAAGAGGCGCCGCUCAAGCUUCUGCCUCCGCCGGCGCGGCGGCGCCGACUGCCGUCAGAGAAGCUUCCAGGGACGCCCAGAGGCGGGCCCCGCCCAGGAGAUCGAGGAGCGUGAGCGCCUCCUCCAGGGUCCCCUCGGACACCGAGUUCUUGAACAAGAGAGACAACCCUCUGUUCUGCAGCGGCGAUUCUCCGCCUGAAAACGGGACCUUGCCCGGGAAAUCGAUCAGGGGUGGUGGGAAUAUCGGGAAUCUCGAAUCGAGAGUAGGUGGGGCUAAGGCGGGAGGGACAAGUCCGGGCGUUGUGGAUGAGAGGAGGGGGAGAUCAAUCUCGAGGAAAGGAGGUGUCGGGUCGGAUUCGUCGGGAGAUAGGAGGGAUGUCGGUCGGAGCUUGUCGAGGGUCGACACGGGGCGGCGGGUCCGGUCGGUGUCGCGGAAUCCGGUUUCCAGGGGCCAUUUUGUUGGCUCCGAGAGUGAAGUUGAGCCAGAGCAUCAUUCAUCAACCAAGUAUAAGAGUAGUCGUUCUGAUGUUUUGGAUCAGAGGAAGGAUUUGAGGACUUGGACUAGCCAACACCCGAGUAUUCAGCCACCUGAUGAUUCCGCCACGAGUUUGUCUUCUUCGCAGUUUUCGCAUUGGGAAGAUGGAGUUUCAGUGGGUUCUUUUUCUGGAGUAGAGGAGAAGACCAUUAAUGCAGUCUCUGUCUCUGAACAAAUUAAAGCGGUGCGGGAGGAUCAUUUAGGAGGUGAUGCCUCUCCUAGCAGCAUUUAUGAAACAGUUCGAUCUGAAGUGAGACGAGCAAUCUCUGACAUUCAAACUGACCUUGAAACUGCUAUUCGAAGGAGCAAUACCUCUGCCAUUGGAAGCUCCAACGUUGCAGAUAUUCCCCCUGACCUUGUAAAUCCAGAAGCAGUUGAACUAGUCAUGGACAUCAGGAGAGAAUAUGCAGAAAAGCUCGAGGAGUCCCAAGAAAGAGCCAGAAAACUAAGAGCAGACUUGGCUGUUGAGGAGCACCGUGGGCAAGAACUGAGUAGAAUCCUGAAGGAAAUUCUCCCCGAUCCAAGAGCAUCUUCCGCACAAAAGUCUCGCCCGGGACGAAAAGGUAGCCUUGAGAGAAGAAAGAUGUCUAAACGUUUGACAGAAGAAGCCCUGGCAUACUUUGAUGAGUGUGUUUCACUGUCAACAUUUGAUAGUUCCGACUUCUCAUCGCCAGAAGAUCCACCACUCAAAUUAGUCGGCGAUGCUAACCCCUUAAAUGAAGGUGGAUCAGUUCGCGCAUCAAAUUUGAGCGUGUCAGCCAUGCAUACUCCAAGCGGUCAUGUCGAUGAGAAACAGCAAUCAUUCAUAGAGAAACGGUUCGAGCUUGGUGGCAAAUCCUCAAGAGUAGCUGCCGGCUGCAGUAAUGAAAAUUCUACCCCGGAGCCAGGUAGUUCUGAGAGUACUAACCGGGAACUGGGAUGGCAGUACAAAUUCUCUUUCUCAGGCGACACAUUCGAAUACUUUGACCUUCAACACGACAUCAGCAACUGCAUCAAAGGCUCGAAGAACCGCUCUAGGAAGGACGAUAGUAGCACGGCAAGUACAAGAAGCAAUUACUUCCAUGUCGAUGAGUACGACUACCACGACUCGAUGCAAAGCUUGUUGGCGGACAGAGUGACCCACAGAAACCGUUUGGAGUCUGGUGGUUUUCUUGUUUGUGGUGGAGGGGUCACACUAACAUUCUCUCCAUUUGGUUCUUUCAUCUGAGUCAAAAUGAUUGAGGAUCAGGCUAGCAGAAGUUCAUCAAAGAAGAGAGUAGCAAAAUCCGCCCAGUGAUGAUGUAAUUAUCUAAUAGCUGUCGUGGUUUGCAAUACAAGAAAGUAAUUAUGAGAGGCGAAAAAGGGUUUCCAAUCUC